AUGGGAAGACCGCUGUACGGGAACCCGCAUUACACUCGUCCUCCCCUGCCUCCCCCGCCUUCGCGCUCCCAGAGCACGAACCCGCCCACAGGGGUCGACACCACCGCCAUCGAGCGCAGAACUGCCCGCGCUCGAGCGAGCCGCGCCUCCGCCGAUACAGCUCCAGAAAAUACCCGCACGAGUUCGAGCACAGAUAUCCGUGUCGCCGACCAACUCUCCGAUCUCGACGAAUCCACCGCGACGAGCUUUAACCGCGCCGUCGCCAUCCUCGACAACGCCUACCUCCGCCUCCAGAACCUACGUGCCCGCCUGCGCUCCCUCCCGCUCGCCUCCAUUCCCAUGGACGACCAGCCAGGCGUUUCCCCGCCGCGCACGGAGGGCCCAUCCACCCCAGCCACGAGCCAGACUUCGAGCCAAACCAUAGGCCCCUCACACGCGGCGAUCGUGCUCGCAGGCCCCGCCACCGACGCCGACCGCGGACCGGAGACGCCCGCCGCCACCGACGUCGUCCCGGCCCCCGCAAUGCGCGACCUCGUCUCGACGCUCCCCACCGAGCUCCGCGCCGACCUCCUCCGCGCGAGCAGCACCUCCCGCCCUUCUGCACCCGCAACCACCAUAAACCCAGAAUCGCUCAUCGUAUCUCCGUCCGACAUAGCCUCCCUGACUACGCCACACGGCCUCCUCGAGCUCAUGGGUCUCAACCGAGAGGUAGGCGGCGAACGCGUCGACAACAGCGCGACCACCCGCGUACCUUCACAAUCGAUUCCCGUAUCUCCGCCCUCCAGAUCCUCCUUCCCGAGGUCGGACGCUCUCGCCGAGUUGAUCGAGCUGACCCGCGAAGUGAACCGGGACCGUAGCGACGACAGCGCCACCUCCCGCGGCCGGCGCGUCGCCGUCGUCGAAGCGAUCCGCCGGAGACGCCGCCAAAACGGGCUCGAUACGAACGAUGACCGAACGCCCGCCAAUACGACGCCGCCGCCCCCGCGUCCGUCCGAUAUCCGGGCGCUCUUCUCGCGCGCGGAGGAGAUGGCGAACGACAUCGACGCGACCAUCACUCGGCUCGGCACCCAGAUCCCCUCGGACGCGCCUGCCGCGACGCCUUCCACUUCGACCACCACGAAUCCCGCUGGCUCCCGCGCCGCCCAGUACGGUCACACCGGGGAGAACGAGAUUCGCAGGCGGCGGCGGCUCGCACUCGAACAGACGCGGGAAGCGCGCGUGCAGACGCUCAGGCGCGUGAUGCCGCGGACCAUGUUGGACGCGGCAUAUCAGCGGCAGCUUAGCCGGCCACUCGACGUCGGGGGUGGUGAUGAAAGAAGAGGGAGAGCAGGAGCAGAGGUCGGAACGGACGGCAGUAGGAGGAGAGAAGGGGACGAGCUGAUCGCCGAGCGCGAUAGGACGCUGUACAGGCUGCGCGGGAUCGUGCCGCCGUCCUUGCGCGAGGGCGAGAGCGCGAAUGGUGAAGGCUUGCCGACGUGGACUCCGCCGGCGAUGAGCCCCCCGUGGAUUCGAUCGCCGACCCCGACCGUCCCUUCGCAGGAAGGAGUUUCAGAGUCUGGUCCGGGCGUCGCUGCUACCGCCCCCGCGUCAACGUCGUCCGCAGCCACAACGGCGGCGACGACGAACAGCGCCGCAAGAGCUACCGGCCCUUAUUCGUUUGACCCGUCCGGCCCACCCAGAGCCUGGGGUCCCCCUGCAGGUUACGAACCGCCGCGGCCGAGCUUCGUCUUUUUCCCGGAACCGGUGUCGCUGGACCGCUCCGAGGCGGAGCCGGCGCUGUCGAGCAGCGGUGGUGGCGUUAGCGAGUUCGGGGAAGACGACUGGGACGUGAGCCCGGCGUGGGAGAUCGUGUACUCGAACGAGCGUGCGAGGGAGGAGCCCGCGCCGUCGACGCAGCCACAGCAGCCGAUACAAGACACGACGGAGCGCAUGAUGGAGCGCCUGCGCGCGUUCGGACCGCCGUUCGACACACUAGGGGGUGAUGAGGAUGAAGUGGCCGUGCAGGUGCGCGAAGCUCUGCGCGAGGAGGCGGAGGCGGAGGCGGACCGCAUGCGCGCCGCGAACGAACGGGCGUGGCGCGGGUCGCAGGAGGACGUGAGCGUCCACGCGCUGCGGCGUGCUCAUCUGCGCUACGAGCGCCAGUACGAGCGGUCGCUCGACGCCGGACCGCCCUCUGGCGUGACGGCCGGCACUGUCAACCUCGAUGGAUUACCGCCCGUCAUCCCGUUGUCUGUCUCCGAGCCAAUGCGCGUCGACCUUGCUGCGCCGUCCGCGUCUACGGUCGGGCGGUGGCGCGCCUCGGGGUCCUCGUCGGUGCUCGGGCGAUGGCAUGCCAUGGACGAGGACGCGCCGCCCUCUGCUGCCCAGCUGGAUCCGAGCCUCGUUCCCCCGUUUGUGCAGUCAGACCCGAUGUUCCGGUUCCGCGGUGACGAUGAGAUACCCGGUUUGGAGUCGACGCGUCCGCGCUUCCUGCCUCCAUCGCCGGAACCCAUCACCAUCCUCCCGCCCGCAUCCUCGCGCCCGGGCCCCGCCGAGGUCGAAGCCGCCGCCAGAGAUAGCCACGAGAUCAUGCUACGAAUUUGGGCGAGCUCGCGCCGGUCGAUGUCGCCCGGGCAGCUCGCGCGGCGGCGACGGCUGACGCGCGAGGCGGGCCGGCGCCAGCGCGAGGAUGGGGAAGAGGAGGGCGAGCACCAGCAGCGCGAGAGCGGCCUGUUCUAUGGAUCGUGCAGACCGUACGAGCUCGAUCCGCUCCCGAUGCCGGUGUCCGCGAUGGUGGCGCAUGCGCACGACGGGCGGAGGCAGCGUCGGGGCGACGGACCGCCGCCGCUCAAGUUGGCAAGGACGGCCACCUUCGCCGGCCGGUGA